UGCGAAAGAAAGGUUUUUGGGCUUGGCAACUUUGGAAAUUGGUAGUUACCGCUAUUGGCCGUGUUAUUAAUAACAAUGAUCCGCAACCACUGGAGCUACGACAUCCUGAAGCAGAUGGCCAAGGAGGGCUGCUCGGACAUCAAUGAGCUGAAGGCUCUGUUCAUCACUGAGAUUGGGUCGCAGCGGCGGUACGACUGCAUCCGCUGUGUCGAGGAUCUCAUAGACUGCCUGGAACGUGCGGACGAACUGUCCGAGGACAACGUGAACCUUCUGCACAGGAUGUCCAGUAAUCAGCCAAAGCUAAUAGAUGCUUUGAAUGGCUACACACCACCACCAGCCCAAGAUCGGGUGAACCGUUACCAGGAACUGCGUCUCGCCGAGGAACUCCGCGAGCAACUGCGGAUCGGUGCACCACAGGUGACCUGCGCUACGAGACAGACAGCUGCUCCUCUCUCAGCGCCUCUCCCACCCACACAGAUGUCCACAUCCCCGGCUGCGUUCACGGAGCGCAAGCGGGCUGCCGUAUUCAAGAAGAUUUCCGAGGAACUCGGACGCUUCUGGCGUCGCCUGGGCCGAGCGGCGGGCAUUGGCGAGGGUUCGAUGGACAACAUCGAAGCACGGUUUCCCCACGAUCUGAAGUCUCAGAUCCUUCGCCUGCUGCAGCUGAUCGAGGAGGAUGACUGUCAUGAUCCGAAGCACUUCCUCAUUCGCCUUUGCCGUGCCUUGGGUGAGUGCGGGCGCAAUGAUCUGCGAAAGAAUGUUGAGCAAAUAAUGUCCUACUAAAUUAUACUUACCUGCGUUAGAGUGGUUGCAAUUUAUCUGACGGUUUGAUAACAACAAGGUGAUUCCCCACAGAACCCAAGAUAAGCUCAAGCCAAAAAAUGUGCCUUUUGUUGUAACUUCCUCAAGUUAAUCUUUUGAGGCAAACAAAUAUCCAAUAUGCUUCCAGAUUGUUAAUUGC